AAUGACUUCUAAAACAUCUUCAGACAACGACAAGUUAUUGGUCGAGGUUUCCAAUGUCAAUCCUAAUAUAAUAGUGCAAGAAUUGGCAAGCAGCAACUCUGAUUUCCCGACUGAAGUUAAUCAACAUCAACAGCCGUCUGCAUGCCGAAGCGAAGCUGCUCUCAACAGCUACAUUGCUACCGAACAGCAACCUAUCCACAUCGAGAGUAACUCUAGCAUCAUCAGCAUUACAGCUUGUGGCAAAUGCUGUAAUAAUGAUGUUUCAGAAGACUCGGAUGUCACUGCUCUGAGUGAUAAACUGACAAAUAUAAACGUCAACAUAAAUAACAAUUUCGGUAUCAUUAUAAUGACCCUGACUUGUGGGAAAAUCACCCUCGAUGUUCAGCCUGAUGACACAAUUGAGGACGUGAAAACGAAGAUACAAGAUAAACAAGGCAUCCCUCCUGACCAACAACGGCUUAUCUUUGCCGGGAAACAACUUGAAGAUGGUCAAUCGUUGUCAAACUACAAUAUCAAAAGCGGAUCUGCCGUCCAUUUAGUUUUAAGUCUACGGGGAGGAAUGCAGAUAUUUGUUAAAUUACAUCGAGAUCAUGCACAUGCAAAGAUCAUUGCAGUGGAAACAGAGUCCACAGAAACAAUAGGCGGGAUAAAAUGCAAAGUUCAGGACAAAGAAGGCAUAAUUCCUGAAGUACAGGUACUUGUAUUUUCUGGAAAGCGUCUGGAAGACAAUGGAACUUUAAUUCACAAUAACAUUAGGAAGGAGGAUACCAUUGACCUAAUUUGCUGUACUCGAGGUGAACUUUUCAAGGUUUUUGUUUAUUCAACUUCAACUCGAAAAACCUUUGUCCUUGACGACAACAACGCAUCAGAAACAGUAAAAAAAUUGAAAAUAAAAAUUCAGACAAACGAAGGCAUUCGUCUUGAUGGACAACAACUUGUUUUCGAAGAUCAACAACUGGAAGAUGGGCUUACGUUAUCAGAUUACGGCAUUGAAGAAGGAUCAGUCAUUUUUCUGCAAGAAACUUCUCGCAGUUCUCGCCCCAGUCCCAGAUCACAUUGGUCAUGCUCGAUAAUGUAAUGUACAUGAUUGGUUUACGUAUUCCAUAUGACAGUAUAACAUACUAGAAACUUAAAGAAAUUUUAGAAUAUAAUUUGUUCAUACGUUCAGUAAACUUGGAAUUUAUUUUAAUUUAUCCUGAGAGUUUUCGCUACGCUUUCAUGCAACUGUUGUUCUCGUUUCACCGGGGCAUGAAUUGAGAAAACGCUCAUGCAUACUCUCUCUGCUUACUCUCGAUUUCAAUUUGCUUUUCAAAACUGACUUCCAAUGUUUACUUGUAAAUUCGAAAUGUUCGUUGUAAAGUUCCGAAGUUUGUUUCGAAGUUUGUUUCGAAGUUCGUUCCGAUGAUUUACGAUAAUCAAGUUUAGUAAGUUGUAAUUGGCUAGUUAAGUGAACCAGCCAAUCAAAUCGCUUGCUAUUGAAUCAUCGUAAAUCAUCGUAACGAACUUCGAAACAAACUUCGGAACUUUACAACGAACAUUCCGAAUUUACAAGUAAACAUUGGAAGUCAGUUUUGAAAAGCAAAUUGAAAUCGAGAGUAAUUCUCAUUCCAUCUAGGGCCCAGGUAUAAAACUCUUGACUGUUUGUUAACUACUAUUUGUAGUUAAAUAGUAGUUAAUUCUAAAACACGCAAACUUGAUUGAUUAACAUUUGCACUACAAUGGAAAAAUAGUGAAAUCCAUAAUAUAUCCAUACUAUUUCCAUAAUAUAUCCAUACUAUUUCCAUAAUAUAUCCAUACUAUAUCCAUAAUAUAUCCAUACUAUAUCCAUAAUAUAUCCAUACUAUAUCCAUAAUAUAUCCAUACUAUUUCCAUAAUAUAUCCAUACUAUAUCCAUAAUAUAUCCAUACUAUAUCCAUAAUAUAUCCAUACUAUUUCCAUAAUAUAUCCAUACUAUUUCCAUAAUAUAUCCAUACUAUUUCCAUAAUAUAUCCAUAGUAUGCAUGGAGAUUGCAAUUGGAUGUAUAAAAAUUGGGUUUCUAUUUCCAACGAAGAUUCGUACUAUUUCUAUAGUACUAGGUUACCCACAGGGCAGUAAUGCUGCCUUCGACAACAAAAGACAAACUACAGGGUGUUGAACGAGUCCUUCAGAAAUAUCCUAUUAUUGUUAUCCUUGCAGGUUAUUUACCGUUACCCAUUUAUUGACAGUACCCUACCACUGACUGAGUAUUAAAAAUCGUCUGGCGUUGGACAGGGUAAAUACUAAAGUAGGGGUCAUUACUGUGCUGAUGGAUUAACAAGAGACAUUGGCAGAUAGGUUUGUUAACCAUUUACUGGCAGUACCCUAUACCACUGACGAGUAAAAUCUUCUGGCGCUGGACAAGGGAAGGGCGCAUUGCCAGCUAAUGGGUUAAACCACCGUGGUUAAACAUAAGAUUUGAUGCUCCAGGAAAUGUAAACAAGCUAUCAGUGUAACAUCCCAGUUUAUAUAUUUAUAUACUCGGAAUAUUGAUUUCUCGGUAUAUACAAAAUUAUUUUAAAGUAUAACAACCAGCGAAGAAGUAAGCCACUAACUGCCCUGCGCGGCUGCGCGCAGACUAUAUAAUGACAUAUAUAUGUCAUCCGUCCGGUCCGUCCGUCCGUCAUUCAUCUGUCCAUCCGUAUCCGCGUUUUAUCCUACCCGUUUUUAAAACACAAAGUUUGCAUAAUUAAGGAGUGCGGUUUGUCAUGAUCAACAUUUUCAAAAGCGGCCAAUUAGACCAGGGGUUAAAGGUCAAUGACAAUGACAUGCAAGUGACAUUUAACAUUAGAUAGAUAGAUAGAUAGAUAGAUAGAUAGAUAGAUUUUAUUUUGACACGCUAACUACGUCAACUAAAAACAUUGAUUUCCACGUAGGGCGUGUGUUCAAAAGUUAUUAUAUAUAAGUGUUGUUAUGACUCUUAUGGAAUCAAAUAAAAGAAAAUAGAAAUAAUCUAACUGUUCCAAUUGACAAAAUUGACAAUAUAGACAACUAACAAAACAUAUUAGAUAACUAUUUACAAUAAAGGAUAUAUAUAUAUAUAAGUAUGUAUAAAUAUAUUAUUUAGAAACAUGAGCAGCAAUUUUUCUUUCAAAUAGAGACUGGGACCUAAUUGCUAAUUCCUCUGAUUUCUUUAGGCACUGAGUUCCAUAUUUUUGCCCCAUUAAACAUAAAACUCUUUUUCAUGCUAUUUGUGCGGGGCUGUGGCAAAACAAGUGUUGUUUCAAUGUCACGGAGACAGUAAUGCGUAUUCUCAUUCUUGUAGGUAAAAAGGUCUGUUAGGCUUUUAGGCCCAGACAUAUUCAAAAUUUUGAACAUUAAUUUUGCCUUAGCUUUAGUUCUUUGUACUUUUAGUGUCUCCCAUCCUAACGAAUUUAAUGCGAUUUGGGCAUUAACUUUGUUACCCAUGUCCAUAAUAAUUCGAGCGCAUCUAUUUUGAAGCUUUUGUAAUCGUUGUGAUUGAGUUUCACCAAAAAUGUCCCACACUUCACAACAAUAAGUAAAGUAUGGUUGUACAAUUGCGUUAAAUAUAGAAACAAGUGUAUCACGGUCAACAAAUUCUUUUAGUUUUCUAAUAACAGAAAUGGCCGAUGUGAUUUUCUUACAGAUACUCUCAGUGUCACUUUUCCAAGAGAGAUGCUAAUCAAUCCUUCACUUGUUUAAUUGGUCUGUUUUCAAUCAUUAUGUUUAAAUUUGAAUCUGAAACAGUAUGCACAAGAGAUCUUGAUCCUAUGAGCAUAAAUUCAGUUUUGGCAAUGUUUAGACUCAGUUUGUUCGCGUUUAACCACAUUCUGAGGUUUUCCAAAUCAGAGUUUACUGCAUUUACAACAUCAUCAAUUGUACCACCGGAAGCAGUGAGGUUUGUGUCAUCUGCAAAAAGUCUUGGCUUUGUCCUAUUUAGGCUUUCAGAUAAAUCAUUUAUAUAUAUUAGGAAAAAUAAAGGACCUAAAAUGGAGCCUUGAGGAACACCACACUUAACUUUGUGUUCAGACGAGACAACACCAUUUACUUGGCAUUUUUGGGUGCGAUCAGUAAGAUAUGAUCUCAGCAACAAAUGUGCCUUAUCCUUAAUACUGUAAAUUUGCAUUUUCUCAAGUAGAAUUUCGUGAUCUACGGUGUCAAAUGCUUUUUUUAGAUCUAUAAAAACUACUAAGUUAAACAUUUUUCGAUCCAUGUUAACAUACCAACUAUUUGUUGAAUCUAAAAGGGACGUAGCGGUGGAAUGAAACUUUCGAAAGCCAAAUUGGUUAUCAGAGAGAAUUUCGUUUUUAGUUAAAUAAUCAUACAUCUGGUCAUACAGUACGUAACCUUUCCAUGAUUUUGCUUAUGACUGGUAGUAUCGAUAUUGGCCUGUAAUUACCAGGAAUAUUACGAUGACCACUUUUAUAAAGAGGUAAAACUCUAGCUACUUUCCAUUCAUCUGGAAAGCUGCAAAGAGUAAUACUUUGAUUAAAAAUAUAUGUAAGUGUAGCAGAAAUAACUGGUGAUGCUAAUUUAAGAAUUUUACUGGAAAUUUUGCCAAUACCACAUGCUUUUUUACAAGACAGCCCUCUUAAAAGAUCAAAAAUUUUGUUUAUCGCAAUUGGUGUAAAUGCAGUGAACUUGGAUUCAGAACUUUUAGUAUACUUUUGAAAGUCACAGCUAGAUUCAUCCAACUUGCUUGCCAAGUUUGGUCCAACAUUCAUUAGAUUCAUUAAUAAUUAGUUCAUUUAUAAUCGUGGGUUUCUUACCCUUUCCGAUCAAACUAUUAAUAGUUUUCCAAGCCUGCUUUGGAUUGCACUUUUGGCUAGCAAUCUUUUUAGAAUAAUAGUCUGUUUUGGCUUUCCUUAAUUCGGUAUUUGUUUGAUUUCUGGCUUUUUUAUAAAUGAGCCAAUCAGAUUAAACAUUGCGUCUCACUAAUUAAAGUUUGCGUGUUUAAUGUUUAUCAAAGAAACAAAAAUAUAUACAAGACAAUCUCACAUGUGGAAUUUGUUAACUUACCGGUACUGCCUUGUGAUGCAGUACAAGUAUAAAUACAAAAGACAAAGCAUUUGUAAAUCCUAAAACAUAAUUAAAUCAUACGGCACAUUCAAGAUUUUAUUAAAUAUCGUAUUUCAGCCGCGUUUAUACCGCUUGGCGCAUUCGCUGCGUUAUAUUCAUUUAUAUACACAGAAAAGCAUCAAGCAUGUCAUUGUCCUUGCAGACCAUAGGCAAAAAGCAUUUGUCAACCACAUACCAAAUUUAAGCAAUCGUUAAAUCAUAGGCAUGUCAUGGAAAGAAUAUGGAAAUAAUGUUGAAUGAAAGCUAGCAUCGCGUAUAAUGUUAAAAGCACCGCAUAUAGUGCUCGAACCACUGCGUAUAUUAAUUGCAAAAGCAACGCGUAUAUAAAUGGUGAAAGCACCGCGUAUAAUGCUGGAACCACCGCGUAUAAUGCGGGAACCACCGCGUAUAGUGGCGAAAGCACCGUGUAUAAUGCCGAAAGCACCAUGCACCGUAUAAUGCUAAAAGCACCCAACAAAAUGCCGUUUGAUCACUUUAAGCCAGCUAUGGCUUUCCAUAAAAGAUCAAAGAUGAAAGAUGAUCACAUUGUCUGUUUGCCUUAUGCCUGACCGCGCUGCACCACGGUUAAAAUUCACUGGUACCGUCAUGCAAUGCGCCAAAUGGAAAAUUUUGAUUUCGACCCACAAAACAAAAUUAGGAUCUGCUGCCUUGCUCGCUCGCUUCAGGCUCGCUCGCUGCGGCAGCAAUAAGGAUUUUGAAAAAAGUUCCAUUGCUAACUUUUUAUGCAACCGGCCCCAGGACUUUACUCAACUGCCGCGUCUGGCCCUGUGACCUGUCGCGAACACGUGGAAUUUAAUAUAAUCGGACUUUUUGCAUAAAUUGACAGACUGGUGCGCCACUGUGAGCAGACAAAGGGAAAUCUAUAUAUUGCAUAAAAUGCUUUUGUAAAAAAUAUAUACACUAUAGGUUUUCUUAUCUUCAAAUUUUUGAACUCUUCAAUUUAAACAAGGCGGCCAUGCGGACGUAUUUUGUGAUAAUUUGUGUAGUCACCAUUUUCGCAAGUUAUGCGAUAACGGCCGUAAAUUGUUCCGAGUCAAUUUUCAAAGAAUUUACAACGCACGGUGGCUCUGUGAUUAAAGACGGCUCUAAGGUAGGUAGAAAAUUGUCAUCUCCAUUUCAAUCUAGGGAAAAUAACGGAUGACUCAUAUAUGAGCUAAAUGUCGAAAUGAUUAUAUAUAGGCGGGUAUGUAUCAAAAUAAAAUAACAUAACAUAAUUCCGUUGAGAUUUGAGCCUUUCGAUCUCCUAGGUGGAAAACGUGGUAAUUAUUAUUCAUAUGAAAGCUUUGGACUGAUAGCGAUGCAACUAGUUGAAAAAUACAAGGAGAACUUCAGAAUAAAUAUAUAAAUAUGAUAAAAUUUUCCUUGUAUCUUUUCAGGUAUAGUUGCGUCGCUAUAUAAAUCCAAAGCUAGUUGAAGCUUUUUUAUUAUUGUCACUGUCUAUCACUGGCACAGACCAUUCAUACUUCUUCAUAUAGUUAUUGUGAAGUAAAAAGUAGAAUUAUAACUCUUAUAACUGAUUAUAACUAUAUAUCUAAGAGCUUUAUCAAUAUACCAGGAAGGGCCAUUGGAGGGGGAAAAAACAUAAUGUAAAGACAAGACAAAAAGCAAACAAUAACCACGUAACUGGUAUAUAUAAGAGUCGAUAUUAUAUAUCAUAUCUAUAUUUCAUGACAUAACGCUUUUGGAAUGUGCCCUGUUGUACCGUUGUUAGUAGAGCAGUUGAUAAGGAACAUAUCAAUUAAUAUAAUAGAAAGGGUUGCAGGCAAGGAAGAGAAAUUGCAUGUAGGUUAUGAGAUAUUUCUUUUACCGCGAAAUUUCAAUGUGAAGUGUUCCAAUUCCAAAAUUCAAAUUCUAAGAAAUAAUUAUUAAUACAUGUGAAAUUAAUUUUCAGAUAUAUACUUAACCUCUAAUUUUGCAUGUGAAAAAUCGGAAUUAAAUGCCCAAUAUUAACAUUCUAGCUCACGUAAUAAUAAUAUCACACAAUUUUGUAUCGAUCUCUAUAUAGAUCAUCUACUGUCCUGCAGGUCCACCGGGUCCCCCUGGACCACCUGGCGUCCCUGGAGUUCCAGGACGUGAUGGUAAGGAUGGCCAGACUAUGAUUGAAGUGAAUAAACAUGGUCGUUUUUGUACAAAACCUGUACCAUGCCCACCACAACCACCGUGUCCCCCACCCACUCCUUGUGUCCCAGCUGUCCCAAG